UACUGUAGUGUUAUUACUAUGAUAAGGACGGGAUGAUCGCGGGCUCUUACCCCAGACGCAGCAUAAAUUAGUUUCAGAAAGCUAGUAAACCUUAAAACGACAUAAUGAUCAUCCAUGAGGUUGCAGACCAGUCAUGAAAUUUACUUUAGACAAAAACCACUCGCUACUCAUUUAGGAUUGUGUGACAGGUUCUCACGAAAGUACUAAACCCGCAGCGGCUGAGAAGAACACCUCUGAAAGAGGGCUCCAAGGCAGCACCGGCCAGCGACGGAACUACAGGAGUGCGUCUACGCUGACAUACACUAAUAUUCAGUACAUUUCUAAGCUGAGCAGGUUCCAGUUGUUUCAUUUAGUUUGUAUUCGUAAAAUAGUAAGGAAUUUGCAACAGUUAGAGUGGAUUCGUGAUGUCUCGCGUCGUUAACAGGUUGCAUACACCCUGAUCCUGAAGGUUCUUUUUUCAUGGAUUUGAUGUCUGUUUGAUUGGUCGGUGAUGCCCAUUUACAUCAUCGACCGAAAAUUUCCAGAGACACCUGGUGAAUUUUUACAGGCGGCACCUGAGGGGCGGCUGAAUAUGGCGGAAAGCUGUACGCCAAAGUCAGUGAAGAAGCUCCGCUGGACAUCCCUGGAGAUCGGCUUGAUCACCAUAGUAUCACUUCUCUUCGUCGUGCUGGUGGCUCUCACUGUCCUGUUUGUAACCCAAAAUGGAAGUGGCAUUUGUACGACGGCAGACUGCACCCGGUCAGCCUCCCGGAUCAUCGAGAACAUGGAUCCCAGCAAGGAGCCAUGUGAUAACUUCUACCAGUAUGCCUGUGGGGGCUGGUUGAAGAAGAACAUCAUACCAGAGACCAGCUCACGCUACAGCACUUUUGAUAUCCUGAGGGAUGAGCUGGAAGUGGUUCUGAAAGGUGUGCUUGAAAGGUCUGACACAGCCAACAACAGCGCCUUGAUCAAGGCUAAGUUGCUGUACAAGUCCUGCAUCAAUGAAAGCACAAUUGAGAAGAGGGGUGGAGAUCCACUACUGAAGAUGCUGCCCAUAAUCUACGAAUGGCCAGUGGCCACAGACAACUGGGACAGAGAAUAUGGUGUAAACUGGACGCUGGAGGACGCCAUAGCAAGGCUGAAUGAGAGAUACGGAAAACAAGUCCUUAUUAACUUUUUCGUGGAAACUGAUGACAAAGACUCCAAUUCCCACAUCAUUCAUUUUGACCAGCCUGGACUGGGUCUUUCUUCCAGGGACUAUUAUGUGUGCACUGGCCCUUAUGAAGAGGCAUGUCGAGCAUAUGAGCUUUUCAUGAUUGAUGUGGCCAAGCUGAUGCGUACUGACCGAGGGCUCAGUGUGAAUGAGAGCCUGAUUGCUCAGGAGCUGGCCACAGUGAUGCAGCUGGAGAAAGACAUCGCCAAUGCAACGGACAUACCAGAAGACAGAAAUGACCCGGUUCUCCUUUACAACAAAAUGCCAUUGGGUGUUCUGAGCACCAACUUCUCCUUGGUGAUUGACUCCAAAGAAUUUAACUGGACUCGGUUUGCAAACAAAAUAAUGGAGACGGUAAACAUCACGAUAAGCGAAGAUGAAGCUGUGAUUGUAUAUGCACCAAGGUACCUUACAAAGCUCAGGCCCAUCCUGGAAAGUUAUACACCGAGAGACCUACAGAAUUAUAUUGUCUGGCGAUAUGUGAUGAACCUGGUGGUUGGUUUGAGCAGAGCUUACAGAGACACAAGAAAAGCCUUCCGUAAGGCUAUAUAUGGAACUACAUCUGAAGCAGCUGUGUGGCGCCAGUGUGCUAAUUAUGUGAACAACAACAUGGAGAACGCAGUGGGUCGGCUAUAUGUAGAGGAGGCCUUUGCUGGGGAGAGCAAAGAUAUGAUGGAUGAAAUGAUUGCUGAGAUCAGGCAAGUUUUUGUGAAUAAUCUUGAUGACCUUCCCUGGAUGGACAAGGAGACCAAAAGGGCAGCAGAAGAAAAGGCAAGGACUAUUCGUGAGAGGAUUGGUUACUCUGAGAACAUCAUGAAUGACGAAUAUCUGCACAAUGAAUACAAGGAUUUGAACUACAAUGUGCAAGAGUAUUUCGAGAACAUUUUGAAAAACCUAGAGUUUGGCCAGAAGAAACGACUGAAGAAACUAAGAAUGAAAGUUAACAAAGAAGAAUGGAUCACAGGACCUGCCAUUGUGAAUGCCUUCUACUCACCUAGCAGAAACCAAAUAGUGUUCCCAGCUGGAAUCCUUCAACCCCCCUUCUUUGGCAAAGGUCAACCCAUGUCUCUUAACUAUGGCGGCAUCGGGAUGGUCAUUGGCCAUGAAAUCACUCACGGAUUUGAUGACAAUGGCAGGAACUUCGACAAGGAUGGAGACCUGAAGGACUGGUGGACUGCAGCAUCUACAGAGCGCUUUCAGAAUCUGUCAAAGUGCAUCGUCCAUCAAUAUGGGAAUUUCUCUUGGGAUUUGGCCGGUGGCCAAAAUAUCAAUGGGAAUAACACCCUCGGGGAAAACAUCGCGGACAACGGGGGCAUCCGACAGUCAUAUCAAGCCUACCUGAACUACAUCAAGAAACAUGGGAAGGAGGCACUUCUACCUGGCAUUAACCUGAACCACAAGCAGCUCUUCUUCCUCAACUUUGCUCAGGUGUGGUGUGGAACUCACAGGCCGGAACAUGCUGUUAAUUCUAUUAAGACCGAUGUCCACAGUCCAGGCGAGUUCAGGGUACUGGGGUCACUCCUGAAUUUCCCAGAGUUUGCCAAGGCCUUCAACUGCCAAAAUAAGUCCUACAUGGUACCUAAGAGGACAUGUCGAGUGUGGUGAUGAAGCAGAAGCAGAAGCAUGAGAUGUGAGGAGAAUCUCAGCUUUUCACUGACUGCUGGGCACUAGGAAAGGGGUAGCAGCAAUCCACAGUCCUCCAGAGGGGAGACCACCAGAUACCUUCUCCACGAACAGUGUCCCCACAGGGACCAUUGUUCUCUCCAAUUUACAUUUUAUGUAUCACAUAUAAUUGAUCUAAGUAUGCGAUUUUUCUUCCUUGAGGUCAGUUGUAACCAAGCCGAUCCCAGUAUAUUAUUGCUCUGCAAAUAGUUCAAGAAAGAUUUAUAGUAAUAAACAGGGAUCUGUUGUUGUACAUCACAUGACAGUAAAUUAUCUGAUACAGCGGUCAGAUAAUAUGAGUACAUAAAUGUACAACAAGGGUCCUGCAGGAACAAUUUGUUUCUACAGAAACUCUACUGAAUCCAGUUAUUGUGAGGACAGUCUUGUAUGUCAAAAACUAAAAGUCUGGAACAAAUUUGCAUAAAUAUUUUUAUGUGGUUGAUAUAAAGUCCAAACACAAAUACAAAAAUAUCUAACAGAUUGCCUUUAUAAGAUUCUAUUUUUGAUUUGCAUCUAUUAAAAUAACUUCUGUUUUCAAUUAGGCCAACAUGCAUACACUAUAUAUUGUCCAUGCAGAUCUUGUACAUGUUCAGUAGAAUUUUAAGGACUUGUUCCAUCAUUUGCUCUUUGUGAUUUAUGAUUCCUACAAUUUCCAGGGCUGACACAAAUCAAUCCUUCAUAGCACAGUAGUCUGCUUAAUAUGAUUCUGGCUAUGUUUUACCAUAGAGCUUAGCCACUGUUUUGUGCAUAACUGAGCCUCUUUACUCAUGUGUAUGUGUGCGUGCUCUUCUUUUCUUUAUAAAUGCAGAGACUGGAAGGCCGCAUGACUUAUUUAGCAGUAAAGCAAUGUCUACACCAAAGGUCCUCAAGACCCCUUCCCUCCACAUUCUGUUUUCAAUUCAAAUCAUUUCUAUGGUGCAUUUCCACAUCACAUUACCUCAAAGCGCUUGACAUUAUACCUACCCAUAGCCGCCAGAAAGUAAGCCAGAGGCAGCGGUGGCAAGAAGAACUUCUUCGUAGGAAGAAAUCUUAGGUGGAACCAGACUCAAAACAGGAGCCCAUUCUCCCAAUUUAUAAAACAGAGUUGUUCGUAGUGCAGUUAUAUAUGCAGAAGGUCCAGUGGAAUUAUGGAUGCUGAUUUCUGGGCAGGCAGGUGAGGAUACUGCUUCCUUUGGUAUAAUGGAAGGGUGGUGCUGUCCAACAGCAAACAAGAAAGCAUAGGCAGAUGUAUAGGCUGGGUGGACGGGCAGGGAGGGAACUGCCCAUCAACAGGAGCUCCAGGACAGAUUCUAGGGAUGCACCGAUUGCAUUUCUCUUGGCCAAUCCCGAUUGGCUAUUUCUUUUUAAACCUGACCAGCCGAUAGCGAUCUUGGCCGAUUCCAGUUUUCUUAGUUUAAUAAUUACCAGACUGUACAUUUUUAACACUGCUUUAGCAAACUCUCUGCAAGCGAAAUAUUUCUAAUAACCUGUUCAAAUAAUAAUGGCUCAACAAGUGUUGAAUAAAAUCGGUUGUUCCAAAUGUUUUUGGCAGUGACGCACGCGCAGACUUUUCCAGGGGCAGGUGCUCUAACAGGGAGGAAUGGCCGAUCAGUACUUCUAGGUGGUUAAAAGAGGUGGUUGUGUUGUCACUUGUACGGGACCUUUACAGAGUUUGCAAAAUACAGUAGAUUGGUUCACAUCAGAUUUCGCAAAUACAAACUAUUUCACACAAUCGAAGCAGAACCUUUUUUGGAACCAAUUUAUGCAACAACGUUCCUGAACAGUCUAUGGACCGUGUGUUAUUUACUUUGUGACACAAGUACAAUAUUUAUAGCAGUAGUAGUAAUAUAUAAAGUUUGUUGGUUUGUUUUUUUCACCAACUUAGCUACCUGGCUAAAAAAAGAUCAAUUAAGUUAUUAAAUCUAGGCACUUAAUUGAGAUCGAAAGAGACAUAUAAUUGACAAAGAAGGGAGAUAUACAGACAGCUCUGAUAUAUUAUGCAGGCUGAAAUCACUCUGUUUCACGUCAGUCUGUUUUUGUUGAGGUACUGUUGCAGCGUCCGGACACACAGGCAUUGCGUAACAGGUACUUGCCGAUUUGUUGUUAUAAUAAUGGUGUCAAGUAGUGCACAUGUAAUGUACUAUUUGCCUCACUUGUACGUCGGUAUGCACAAAGGCGUCUGCUAAAUAAAAGUAAAUGUAAAUGCAGUGCUGUAUCUCGAUUCUUACAACACCUCUGGACUGUGUACUGUGGAUGCAAUUGCAACUGGGUAUCGUAAAAUAUCGCCAUAUCGACUACCACUGGUUGGUUCAAAAAGUACUUGAUUCGCUCAUAAAAUCAGCCACGUUUAGACUGAUUGGCCGAGUGCUGGUCAGUGCCAUUCAGGACGAAAAUGUGCCAUUUCCGGUCACUAGCCAAUCGAUUGGUGCAUCCCUAACAGAAUCCCUCAUGUCGUAGGGAAGAAAUGAACAAUGUGUUAAUUAAACUGGGCGACAUGAAUGACAUUAUGUGUAGUGCAGUAUGGAGAUAAGGAGUCUAUGGCAGGUCUAAUUAACUAUGGCAGCUUAACUAGGCAGGAGAGGUGGGAGGGAACACAAGCGUGAGAAAUUCCUGAACACCAGCACUCAUGUGACGUGUGAAUCCAGAAUGAGACUCCUGGACACCGAGUUCACCCAGAGUCGAUGACACUGAUCCCCAACCAACUCUGUUUCUCACACUGUAAUCCUAGCUAGGGGUAAAAGCUAGCUAUUCGUUUUGUCAUCAUAUCCUAGAUUGAGUGAGUUUUUAGCAUUGACUUUAAAUACCGUGAGUGAGUCUGAAUCUCAGACGUUUGCUGGUAGAAUCUGCCACUACUUUGGAACCCCGUGACAGCAUGCUCCGCAGCCAAGAUUGUUCCACUCUAGGUACUGCCAGGCAGCCCACCCCACGGAGAACGGAACAAACAAGUGAGGUUAUACGAAACUAGUAAAACUGCUAAUGUUCUCCGGUGCUAGACCAUUCAGUGCCUUAUAGGUCAGCAGUAAUACCUUAUAGUUGAUAUGAGUCAGCAGGUCGAUGCUAGUACAGGACUAAUCUGCUCACAUUUCACAUAUUUAUAUAAGGGUGUGUUAACUUUUCUGCAUCCUCAAGUGAAACCAUUGUUCUACAUUUUGCAAUAUUCCUCAGAUGGAAGAUAGCUGGUUUAACAACGUUAAUAUUUGUGUGAGCAUCCAGAGAAUCGGCUGAGUCAGUUGUGACAGCGAAGCUUUACAUCACUGUGCUUGCAUUGACUAGGCAGUAGGUAGCCAUCAAGCGUUAUGCUAUCAACAGCACUCUGGGCUGUCCUAGGGCUCAGUAACAACACCUCUGCAUUGUCAGGGCUUAACAGAAGGAAGUUACUGGCCUUCCAGCUCCUAGCUUCAGCCAAGCAUCCCCCAGUCUUUAACAGUUGUGAUAGCUCACCUGUAUAGCUGUGUGUCAUCUGCAUAACAAUGAAAACUCGCAUUAUGUUUCCUAAUAAUAUCACUGAGAGGCAUAAUGUAUGUACUAGGUGAAUAGUAGGGGACCCAGGAGAGAACAUGGUGGGACACCAUACCUCACUCUGGUGGAUCCAGAGGAUUCAUUGCUCAGAUUGAUGAACUGGCAACAGCUAAAUAUGUGCAGAACCAGAACAAUGCCUGCCCUUUAACACCAACCAAAGACUCUAACCUUACCAAUAAAAUAUCAUAUCAACAAUAUGAAAUGGUGCACUUAGAUCCAGUAGGUUCAACAGGGAUAUGCAUCCAUCAUCACUGGCCAUAAGCAAGUCAUUCAUGACUCUCAGUAGUGCAGUUUCAGCACUGCGAUGAGGACCCCGAUUGGAACAUUUCAUUAAUGUUCUUUCUUUGCCAAAAACAGAGGGAACAGACUAGCAACUACUUUAUUUUCCUAAGAUUUUAGAAUUAAGUGGAUGGUUAGAAAUAGGUUUAUAAUUAACCAAAUAACUGGGAUCCCGAUUUCAUUCCUGAGGAUGGGUCAGACAGUAGGAACCUUGACUGAAUUUGGGACAUACCCCAGUCUUAAAGACGAGUUUAUUAUAUUAAGUAAUGUGCUACGUAUUAGUGGUGGAAUCUAUUCAAACAGCUUUGCAGGUAUGUUAUCUAACAAACACAUUGUACGUUCAGUAGAUCAGAUUCACCAAUAAUAAAGAAGAAUUCAAACAUCUGAUUUAUUCCAUCUGACAUCGCUGAGCCAUAUAUCUGAAUGUCAUGAGCAACCAAUGUAAUGCUCCGAAUAGUCUCCCUAAUAUUGGCUGUCAUCAAAAAACACAAUAAAAUCAUUGCUGCUAUGUGUUACUGGACCCUGCGAGUCCACUGUUGCAUGAUUCCUUGUCAGACAUGACGCAGUUCCAAACAGGAAUCUGGGAUUGUUUUUGUUGUUUUCCAUCAGCCUGGAAAGGUAUGCGGACCUGGCUCUAGAGAGUGAAUAUCUGUAUGUUAAAACACUUUCUUUCCAGGCAAUCCAAAAAACCUCUAACUUGGUGAUGUGGCUUUUACGUUCAAGUUUAUGUGUGGCUUGCUUAGGCUCACAUGUUUGGUCUGUAUACCAAGGUGUGUGUUUCUUGUCAUUAAGUUUUCUUUUUAUUGGAGCAACACAGUGAAGUCUGCUACCAAAUGCCUGCUCAACCAUUUCGAACACAAGUUCCAGUUCGGCCUCAUCUCUUUGUGUAUAGUGUGUAUUAUCGAGAGCUGCGGCAGUCAAAGCGCUGAUCAAACACCUGAAGUAGUGCUUAGGAGCCGACAAUGUUGUGGUCCUCGUCUGAAUCUCAAACAUCACCAAUGCAUGAUCUGAGAUAGCAGAGUUUAGUGGGAGAAUUUCCACGUGUUCCACAAAAAUACCACAGCUAAGAACCAAAUCUAAAAACCAACAGAAUCUAGAAUGGAGAUGAAGGCUGUGCUGAGAAGAUUAAUAUCCAUAUGGAAAAUUAUAGUAAAAUCCUCAACAAUGAAAAUUUUAUCUAUAUGUAUGAUCAAACUAGUUAAGAAAUCAGCGAAUUCCUUUACAAAGGAGCCAGAAGAUCUUUAAAUAACCACAAUGACAUUACAUGAAGGGCUGCAUGUCACCAUGCCAGUCACGUGAAAUACCAUCAAUUCAAAUGUGUUGAAUUCACACCCUAAUCGCUCCCUAGUAUCUACUUUGCAAUCAAAGAUAAUAGCAACACCAUCACCUCAAGAUAUCUGGGCUUAUAUAUAUAAGCAUAGCGAGGAAGAGCAGACUCAUACAGAGGAAUGCAGUCAUCUUGCUUAAAGCCACGUUUCUGUUAAGCAUAAUUUAGAUUAUGAUCAGUAAUGUAAUCAUUUAUAAGCAGUGCCUUAGUAGCUAAUGACCUCAUAUUCAAUAAAUCCAGCUUUAUAUUUAUGUCAUGUGCUACAGGCUCCAUUUUAAUAUUUACUAAGCUUUCAAAGCAUAUUUUAUGGCAAACUGUGCCUCCAUGCUAGUUUUUCCCAGUAAACAAAUUUUAAAUCUAAACCGAAAAUGACCCUGUUACUGUUAAGUAGGUUUAUUGGUGUACUUUCAGAGUUUAUAUUCUUCCAUUUUCCUUUACAUGAGGUCCUCUCAAGUGAUUCACUGCAAAACAAUAGCAUUCUGUCAAAAAAAAAAUAGCUAAAGUAUAUGGAUGUAUGGUGUUUUCUUUUGGAGAGUUCUUUUUUUAACAUUUGUCUAGUUUUAUACUUGAUUUUCACUGAUAGGUAAUCAUUAUUAUUCUGGUCAAUUUUCACAUGAAGCAGCUUCCCUGUGCAUCUGUCUUUCUGGUAAAGGGACAGUACCUCAGAUGCCUGUAUUUUUUAAUGAGCAUCUUCAAAGACAUUUUGUUUAAUAAAUUCUAAACAGAAA